AAUUCGAAAUUUUUGUGCGUGAAAAGGAAAAUUGUUAACGUGUUUAACAUUGCGGACUGAAGGCAAUAAAUAAAGGCAAAAACAGCAAGAAAAACGAGAAACAUAUUUAACGUGUUCGCUGCACUGUUUUCAAAAUGCAAGCGGCAACAACAACAACGACAACAACAAAAACAAAAAAGUUAAGCACCAAUAGCAGUGGCAACAUGGUCAGCUCUGUGGCAGUGACGAGUGCAACAAAAACAACGACAACAAACACACGCAAAGCAGCAUCAGCAACAGCAGCAACAACAGGCAGCCCCAAAUCCCCAAGGACUGCAGCGACCUCUCCAACGUCCACAUCCAGCGAUGCCAACGCCGAAAUUGCCGAGCUCUCCAAGAAAAUUAAUGAGCAUGCCGAUGCCAUCUAUCACACAUGGAAGACCCAUCGCCUAGAACCGGCGCAACUGCUCGAGAUGUGCACAAAUGCGGCGACUGUUGGCGACUUUUCCGAUGUUGCUGCGGUUUCGGCCGCUUCCGCUGACAGCAGCAGCACAGAAGACUUGAAGAAGUUGGUCAAUAGCUUUGUGAUCAAGGACAAAGAACAAAGAGGCAAAAAUAGUGUGAAAAAGUCGCCGGCGAGCAAUGCGGAAGUAAUAGCGACAGCUCAAGCUAAUGGCAAGCCAAAGAAGACCUCAUUAUCGUCGGCAACGCUGCAAAAGUCAGGCUCCCCCUCAUUAACAGCCGGCAGCGGCAACAAAUCAUCGACUGCAACUGUUAAGGCUGCAACAGGAGCAAAGUUUACAACAGAGCCGCUGCAAUCACCGAAAAAAGUAGCAGCUGCAUCCGCAACUAAGGUAACAGAUUUAGCUUUAGAGCAGACGCAAAAUUUGCUCAAAAUCAGCGAAUUGCUGCAGCAAAAACAAAAAGAGCCAACGACUGUUACAAGCAUUGCGAAAAAACGUCAACAGAGCAGCAAUGGUGUAGCCAAACAGCUAACAGAAAAUGUUGCGACUGCAAACAGCACUGUUGCCAACAAAUUAACAGAGCAACAACAGCAACAGCAAUCUACGAAGCCUGCGCAGAAAGUAACAACAAAAGGAAAUAAUGCAAUAAUUCAGAAUAAUGCGCAAGUGCCGAGUAAUGUAGACGUUGUGGAUGCGCAGCCGUUGACUGAUAAAAAUAAAAAUAGUGAAGCUCUGGUCAUGAGUCGCAGCACAACAAAGGCAACAGCAUCAGUUAGUAAAUUAGUAAAGAGUACCAAAGAAAGUGGCAGCACUGAACAGAAGCCGGCGACUAAGGAGAAGCCUGCCGUGGCACGCAGAGCGAGCAAUCGCAAUAGCAGCAAUAGCAACAGUACUACCCCCACUGAUAACACCAACAUUAGCAACAUGGCUGCCAGCAGCUUAGCAACAUCCAUGGAUGCGUCGCCAGCGACGUCAGCAACAUCGGCGAACACAACGAUGCCAACAUUGAAUAAAGUCAAACCAACAAGCGGCAGCCGUGCAGCUCUCACCAAUGGCCAGGAUAAGAAUUUGGGUCGUCCGAUAUUGACGCGCGGUUCUGUGGCUGAGCGCGUGCUUAUGUUUGAAAAGUGUCCGGAUGUUCGCAACUCGUUUUUGAAUAUCAAACGGCCCGAAGUGGACACACCGCCCAAAAGUUUACUUAAGGUUAAGUUGCACGCAACGCCGCCACCGCCGCCACAGGAACAGAACUCGCUACAAAAGCAAAUACGCAACACAAAGAGCGUUUACAUACCCAGAUUCUAUUUUCCACAUGGCAAGCCACAGCCCACCAUUGCGAUGGAGCGGGUGCUGCGCGGCAUACUGUCCGCCUUCGAUUCCUUUCCGAACAAUCAGGUAACCAAAGACGAGCUGCCGCGCAUCCUCAAGCUGUGCGGACUGCCCUUCUACUGGCGCAUGCCGGUCAUGGUCUUCUGUCAGACAGGCAACACGGGUCUGGUGGAGCGUCAGCGAUUCGUGGAGUUCUGGAAACAAAUGAACGUCUAUUGCCAUGAGGCUGCCUCGCGUUUUGUCUACAUUUUGUCGCGGGGUCAACGCUUUCGCAGCUAUAUUGUGAGCGAGGAUCUGGUGCCAAUGGUGCAGGACGUGGUCGAUACGCAUCCGGGACUGGCCUUUCUCAAAGAAGCCACCGAGUUUCAUUCCAGAUACGUGCACACAGUCAUCGCGCGCAUCUUUUAUUCGGUGAAUCGCAGUUGGAGCGGAAGGAUAACAAUCGCAGAGCUAAAGCGCUCUGAUCUGCUGGAGAUGAUUAGCUUGCUGGAGGAGGAAGAAGACAUCAAUCAAAUAAUGGCCUUCUUCAGUUAUGAGCACUUCUAUGUGAUCUACUGCAAGUUCUGGGAAUUGGAUAAGGAUCACGAUUUGCUCAUCAAUCAGGAGGAUUUGGCGAGACAUAGUGAUCAUGCGCUCUCCACCCGCAUUGUGGAGCGCAUUUUCUCGGGCUGUGUGACACGCACCGAUAAUAAAAAGGCGCCCGAGGAUGAGCCCAAAAUGUCGUACACAGAUUUCGUUUGGUUUAUACUCUCCGAGGAGGAUAAACGCACAGCCACGGCCAUCGAGUAUUGGUUCCGAUGCAUGGACAUCGAUGGCGAUGGAGCGCUUUCCAUGUACGAGCUGGAAUAUUUCUACGAGGAGCAGCAGCAGCGCAUGGAGGGCAUUGGCAUUGAGUGUUUGCCCUUUGAGGAUUGUCUGUGUCAGAUGCUCGAUAUGAUAAAGCCAGCAAAUCGUGAUUGCAUUACUCUCGGCGAUCUGAAGCGCUGUAAAAUGACGCACGUCUUCUUCGAUACGUUCUUCAAUUUAGAGAAAUAUUUGGAUCACGAACAGCGGGAUCCAUUUGCAUCGCAGCGUGAUGAAUAUACCUCGGACUGGGAUCGUUUUGCGGCACAAGAAUACGAACUGCUCAUUACCGAAGAGAAUGAUUAGAGCUCGCAAUGGAAAUUGAAUUUUUGUUUGCCAGCGAAUUUAUACAACAAAGAUAUUUAUUUACUUACAAAUUUUUAUACAAAUUUAUACACUACGAGAAAAAUGAACGGAAAAAACCCCAAAAAAUAAA